AUGUCAAAACCAAGAGAUUCAAUUACAGAUUCAGCAUGCCAUGUUUUAAAAGGUGCUAUUGUUAAAAUUUUAAAUACACCAUUAACCAUUUCAGUUGAUUGUACAAAUAGUAAAAAAGGUAGAAUAAGUGUUGAAUAUGAUCAAGCCGAUAAACCAACUGCUGAAAUUAUUCAACAAAUCGAAGAUGAAGCCAAUAAAAUUAUUAAAGAAAAUUUAGAAUUUAAAGUUUGUCAAAUUAAUAGAAAAGAAGCCGAAGAAAAAUAUAAAUCAAAUUUAGUCAAUAAUACUUUUAUUUAUGAUAAAUUCCCAGUACCAGAAUCAGUUACAUCUUUAACACUUGUCGAAUUAAAAGAUUGGAAUAUAAAUUGUUGCCCAGCUACCCACUUAAAAACUACUGGUGAAAUUGGUUCAAUUAAAAUUGCUGGUAUCAACCAUAGAGCAAAUAAAAAAGAAUUAGAAUUUAGAUUUGAUAUUGGUGCACCAUUAGCUGCCACUACCUCCAAACCAUCAUCAACAUCAUCCUCAUCUGCCAAACCAGCCACUGCAGCUGCUGCCGCUCCAUCACACAAUUUAACAUUAAAAGAUACUGACGUUCAAUUAUUAACCAAAAAAAUUAUGCAAUUAGUUGUUGAAGCCAAAGGUGACGAAAACAAAUUAUCAGAGGCUCAUACUGAUAUCGAACAAAUUUUAACAAUUUUAAAAAACACAUCAUACACUAAUGGUUAUCAAAGUGUAAUUAGAAAAUAG